AAAAAUAAAUAAAUAAAUAAAGUAAACAGCACAACUGAAACUUUAGCGCGCUUUAUCAGUUUUCUGAAGAUUUCUACUACUACGUUUCACCCGCCAGCCCUGCCAGCGCUGCCAGCCUUUUGAAAAGUUCCCAUCACUGUUCCAACAGUGCUUAAAGGCACUUCACUUGCUUCCCGGGCAUGCGCGAGGUCGCGUGAGCAAGAAAGGAGAGCCGGGAGAGCCAUGAAGGGCGCCGUGUCAUCGGCCGUGAGCCUGCUGGCCGGAACUCUGAUCGGCUUCAUCGCGACGAGUCAGGUGCUCCUGUGGCUGAACAGCGAGACGGGCUGCAGCGAUGCUCCGCAAGAAACCGCGAUCCCGGGCAGGCCCAAGUCGCGCCUCCUUUUCGUAGGCGUCAUGACGGCCGAGAAAUACCUGUCUACGCGGGCGGUCGCCAUCCAGCGGACGUGGGGCAAGGCACUUGCCGGUCGGCUGGCCUUCUUCUCCAGCGGCACGUCUCGCUGGGAGAACCAGGACGAGGAACUGCCCCUAGUGGCGCUCCGCGGCGUGGACGACGCGUACCCGCCGCAGAAGAAGUCGUUCCUGAUGCUCAAGUACAUGCACGACCACUACCUCGACCAGUACGAGUGGUUUAUGCGUUGCGACGACGACGUCUACGUGCACGUCGAGAGGCUAGAGCGGUUUCUGCGCUCCGUGAACUCGAGCAAACCGCAGUACAUUGGGCAGGCGGGCCUGGGCAACAAGGAGGAGUUUGGGCAGCUCAGCCUGGAGCCAGACGAGAACUUCUGCAUGGGUGGGCCGGGGGUGCUGUUUAGCAGGGAGACGCUGCGCCGCCUGGUGCCCCAUGUGGGCAGCUGCCUCAAGCGGCUGUACUCCACGCACGAGGACGUCGAGGUCGGUCGCUGCGUCCGGCGCCACGUGGGCAUCCCCUGCACGUGGUCCUACGAGAUGCAGACCAUCUUCUACCACAACUUCUUCGGGGAGGUGGCGCUGAAGGGGCGAGUGCGGCGGCGGGAGGUGCAUCGGUCCCUGACGCUGCACCCAGUCAAGGACCCCCGGGAGAUGUACAAGAUCCACGCCUACUUCGGGGGCUUCCGGGCCCAGGAGCUGCGCCAGCGCUCCCUGCAGCUGCUCAGGGAAAUGCGCUGGGCCGCCCAGGCCUACGGGGGAUGCGCCACGCCCGCGCAGGUCCAGUCACCCUGGUGCUCCGGGAUUGCCAACGGUUCCUCUUCCCUCUCUGAGAUGCCCUCGCUGACCAAGUACUUUCCGGGAGAGAUCCAGGAUUUGCUCACCUGGGACUUCUUCUCGAAGAGCCUCUACUCGGACCAGGUGACCAAUCCCCGCCGUCGGAUGGAGACCUUUUACGAGGUGAGCAUCAACAACGUCAUCAGCGACCUGAUGGAGCUGACCAACCGCUACUCCAAGCAGCGCGGGAGGGUCAUAGAGUUCAAGGACGUCCUGUACGGCUACCACCGACUAGACCCGUUGCAUGGCGCGGACUACGUGCUGGACCUGCUCCUCACCUACCGCAAGUACCGAGGCCGCAAGAUGACCCUCCCUGUGCGGCGCCACGCCUACAUCCAGCAGCCCUUUUCCCAGCUCCGCAUCCGCGAGGUAGCCCCGCAAAGGACGCGCCGCCCGGUCAUCCGCUUCGUCCUCCCGCUCUGCGGCAGACGGGCCACCUUCGAGCGGUUUCUCCGCACAUUCCGCGCCGUCUGCCUGGAAGGGGACGAUGCCUGCACGCUGCUCGUCGUGCAGUUCCGCCACCAGACGGAAGCGGAUGACCUGGAAGGCACCCUUGUCGCGGAGGAGGUCUUGGGCGUCGACUACGACCGCAGAAGGGUCGAGUUCGUCCCUGGAGGCGGAGAAUUCUCGAGGGCGGCGGCCCUCGAGCUGGGGGCUUCGCGAUUUGGCGCUGAAGAGCUCCUCUUUUUUGUCGACGUGGACAUGGUCUUCGACGCCGGGGUGCUGCGGCGCAUCCGCAGUCACGUCGCCUGCGGCCGCAGUGCCUACUUUCCCGUUAUCUUCAGCCAGUAUGACCCCGCAUAUGCCGAAGGCGUGACGGAGCAUCGCGUCGUGACGGAACCUCGUGUUGCGCCGGGAGAGGGCUACUGGCGGCAAUUUGGGUUCGGGAUCGCGGCCAUCUGUAGAUCCGACCUGGCGGCAGUCGGGGGGCUUGACGUGACAAUCCGUGGCUGGGGCAAGGAGGACGUGGACCUGUACGACCGCGUGGUCGCCUCCAACCUCACGGUGGUCCGUGCACCCGACCCGGGCCUCAUCCACGUCUUUCACCCCGUAGAGUGCAGCCCAAGUCUUCCACGUACGCAGUACGAGAUGUGCCUGGGCAGCAAGUGGAACAGCGUUGGCUCGGAGCAGACGCUUGCCAAGCUCAUCGCGGAGAAUCAUCUCGAUCUCCUUGCGCGAAACUUCAGGCGCUGAUGGCGGCUCUACGGCGUCCCACAUCAGCUACCGCCUUUCGCCGAGACGUGGUUUAUUUGCAGUCUUAGGUAAGUUACUUUCGAAAGGUUACAACAACGAAAAAGUAAUUUGAGGCAGCAGCUUCCAUAAAAUACCAAACAUCCGCCCGUGUAACGAUAAGCGACCACCCCUCAAUUUUGUAACUCUGGGAAGAUACAAAAAGGGCAAAUCUUUACAUAUUGUUGACCUAAGUAGUGCCACAUUUUGAGUAGGCACUUUCUUAGGAUUUUAGGUACUUUUAAAAAGUAAUGCUGUUGCUUUUAAGUCACUUUUUCAUAAAACUACAAAUUUAAAUAAUGUAAAAAAUGCCCCCCCCCCCCCCCCCUGAGUUUAUUGGAGAAGCUGCAAGUAAAGUUGGUGCAAGUUGCCACAAGGUAAACAUGACAAUCCAAAAGUCAGAAAACAUAAUUUGGAAAGUGCACAAAAUGGCUAGGUUGUACUUCCUCAGUGAUAUCUUAAUGCCGAAGAAACUGUUAAAAGUAAUGACAAAUGUAACUUUGUUACUCUCGUCGUUGCUUGGGAAAAGGUAAUAGAACUGCAGUAACAAGUCACAAUUCAAAGAGGGAGAGUUACAAAACAAAGUAACCAAGGAAGGGUAGCGCUUUACUACCCAUGACUGCUUACUCAAGAGGCUUUCCAGGUACUAUUGCCAGUUGUUUUCUUUGCCUGCAAUGGUUCGUCCUUGCUGGUGUUACCGUGGGUUAAUUUGACUUCGAGCAACUGGUACUGUAUGUUCCAAAGCGAUGGUGAACCAGUGCUUUUAGAACGCCCUUGAUCUCUUAAUAUCGCUGGUUUAGGUAGUCGUAUGACCCUGUUUGGAUACCAACGUUCGUGCCUUAACUGUGUCCAUGCAUUAAUUGUUUAAAUUGAUUGGUACCAUUAUGCAAUUUUUAAUAAGGCCAGUGCUAUGUUUACUAACUGCCAGUUCACUGUUACCAGUUCGGUAAAGAGAACUCUUGGACGAAUGCUGGAAUGUCACAUUAGUGUGACGCUGGUCAAAGCUCAGUAUUACUCAUUGCUUUACCGACACAGUGCUCACACCGACUGUGAAGGGAACCGUUUUCGCAAAAGUGACGGCAGUGCACUGUAAGUCACUUAAGGGUGAACUAUGAGGUUGGAUGUGUGCCCAUAUCAGUAGCGCCAUGCCUAGUUCACUUUAAACGAACAUGCUAUUUUAAUGGUGCAUUGAUGCCACUCCACUGCCUUUACUACUACUGCUUUACGUUUUUGUGAAUCCAUUACUCUGUGUUGUCCUAUUGGUGCCGGUACUGGCGUCUGUUCCGGUACUUUUCUACGAGCCAAGUGGACUCCCUCGGCAUUGUGUAGGUUUCCCGGAGCAGGCUUUGCUGCCCUCUCGGUGCUUCUUCAUACCUCUCUGUGCCAGAGUGUAAGAAUAUGCUAGUCAUUUACUUUAGCCAUGCCUUUUUACAUGUUACCUAUUAUACAUUUCACACUUUUAUCAAUUUUUGAUACCCUUUACGCAUGAAUUUACAGCAUUACUAUUUUUCAGAUUAGCAGCGGGUUUUCAUCCGCUGCAAUUUUGACAGCACAAGGCCACAGAAUGUCUUUUUUGUACUGUUCUGUUGUUGUUCUUUCUUGUGUUUUGUGUCUUGAGUGUUUUUUCCUUUUGAGCUCAGUUGAAGACCAGUGUGUUACUGUUUACUGCGAAUGUCUCGAUUAUCUACACACUCUUGUGCCUUCUUCUGAGCUGGAUCUUUCCAGCUUUCCUUGUAGCCAUAGGUACUCGGAUUCAAGCGCAGUAAUUUAAAUUUCAUUGUCUUCCAACCUCCCUUCCGCUCAGAAAGAUCUUUUUCCUGAUAUGCUUUUAAGGGAUGAAAAUUUUACCUUUGUUGACAUGUUGCUGUUCGAUUGCUUGGUGAAAAUAGUAAAUGAACAAUGUAUGUGAAGUAUGAGAAUGCAGAUGACUUGUUGAAGCAUCCUUGCGGUGACUUGGGUAUAAGAACAAAAACAAAAUGAGCUACAAACAUGCGCCUUCAUAAGAUUUUGCAUCAUCACGGGAGCUAAUGACCCUCAAAGUGCCUCAGAAAGUUGUGCGACUUGAAGACAUGACAUGAAGAGCAAAAAUGGCCAUCUGACAAAGUUGGGAUGUUUUGAACAUCCUUCGAAAAAUGUGUCAUGUUGUAUUUUGAAUCUCGAUUUAAUAACAAACUUGCUUCGCUGUCUGCACUUGGCCCCCGAUCGUGAAAAUAAAAUUUUAUUUCCCAAAGAGGGCACGA